AUGCCGCCAUUCGACCUUGAAUAUACUACUCCCACGCCCUCAACACUGGUCAACCGCAACAACCAAACGGAGAUGUAUUCCAGUCCUGUAAAUAUUCCUUCGCCCUCACCUACAAGCUCCCACCGGGUCAGCAAAGCAAUGAAGGGCAAGCGGGUACAUGCAUGCGAGCGCCCUGGAUGCUCGAAGGUUUUUACCAGAGCUGAACACCGCAGACGACAUGAGCUCAGCCAUGAGCCUAAAAAGCAAUACCCUUGCACGUACGAAGGGUGCACAAAGGCAUUCCAUCGCCCGGAUUACUUAACUCAGCAUUUGGGUCGGCAUGCGACUUCAGGACCAAAGGAAAACACAUCACACGCUCGAAGCAACACUCCACCUCGUCGGUUAAGUCUGCAACAACAGAUCGAAUCGCAACCAGCCAACUCGCCUCCUAUUCAAUUCCAACCCGAUACGACCGACAAUUAUUCCGGGGUGUGGGGAAGCAUGGAUUCCUCAAUGUCAUGUCCCCAGUAUGCCAGGGGCCAGAGCCAUUCUUCCGCAUCCGUUGAUGACCACCCAUCUCCCUAUUCCUAUACAAACGAGAUAUGCAGCUCGCCCGUCGCGAGCGAUUCCUUUGCGAACCCUCAAUAUCCAACUUCGGGCAUGCCUAUAGAAAUGGUGACUGCCAUCGAUCAAUAUCUGCGGAGCAUCUUGAAGCCCGAAGCCUUUUCGUCGCCCCACCGGCAGAUGAACCCCGCGAUUUGGAACUCAGAUAUUGAAAUCGAUCCUGCAUUGACAAAGAUCGAGAGCCCAGACCAACUACCGCUCUAUUCAUGGCCUCCCACCCAGCAAUUGCAAUACGAAGAUGUGCAGAUGAACCACCCAUCCAACAACCGCUGA